CCUCUAUUUCCGAGAAAACCCAAUCUUGAUUUUUCUCCGGAAACAAACAAACUCCAUCUGGAAUAUUCCCGCACUUUCCUCUCCCUCUUUCUGCAUCACAAAUGGCCUUUUCCGAUCAAUCACACCUCUAAUUCCACCGAUUCUCCGUCGUAAUCUCAUCGGAAUCUGACGUACGAUGCCUAUUCUCGUUCCUUCUGUCAAAGUCUCCUCCAUCUCCGGUUACCGCCUGGAAAUUCCGACGAAUUUUCCGAGGAAUGUUGGAAAACAAACAGUGUUGAAGAAAAAAUGCAGAGGUGGGGUUAGGGUUAGGGUUUGUUCGAGGAUCAAAGAUAUGGAGGUUGGGAUUUCAGAAUUAGGGCAUAAUGUGUGGUUGUUUGGUCAAUUCUCCGCUCCGGUGAUGACCAGUACGACGUCAUCGCCGCUGAGGCAGAGCAAAGAGAAUGAAGAAGAGAAGCAUAAUUACUAUGUGAAUACGGGGUAUGCGAUUCGGACUCUGCGGGAGGAAUUUCCAGAGCUGUUCUAUCGGGAACUCACUUUUGAUAUCUACAGGGAUGAUAUUGUCUUCAAAGAUCCACUCAACACUUUCUUUGGAAUUGAGAACUACAAGUCAAUUUUCUGGGCACUACGAUUCCACGGCAGGAUGUUUUUCAGGGCCUUGUGGCUUGACAUCAUCACUGUGUGGCAGCCUGCUGAAAGCACCAUUAUCGUCCGCUGGACUGUCCACGGCAUCCCACGAGUACCAUGGGAGAGCCGCGGUCGGUUUGACGGCACUUCUGAGUACAAACUCGAUAAGAAUGGGAAGAUCUAUGAGCACUGUGUUCACAACAUCGCUCUGAAUGCACCCCCAAAGUUUCGUGUACUGGCUGUUGAUGAACUAAUCCAAUCAAUUGGCUGCCCCUCAACUCCAAAGCCUACAUAUUUCGAGAUUUCACCCUCUUGGAUUACAAACUCUGUGCCUUUAACUUGGGUUAGGAACUAUCUGACUUCGUUUUUUGCCUUUGAUCAGAGAUCUGAGGCAGGAUCAUCGAGGAGAACAUAGUAUUGCUUUAAAAGCUCCCCGAUUUUGGUAUAUGUUGUGUAGUAUAUACAGCCUUGCACAAUCUUAUGUUUUGAAUAACUUGUUCUGUAUUCUGACACGACUCUGGUGUUGACUCGAUUACUUUUUCUUGUUUACGCUGAAAAUUCUCUGGGAGCUGCUAAGAGUCAAGUUUUUGGCACUGGGAAAUUCUGAGUUGUAGUGACCUUGUUGGGUGUAAUUACUAGACUGGAAUUGUAAGCUUUGGGCAUAUACAUACUGUGAUUGUAUAUUUUUGUAUAGUGAAAUUGCAAAGUUAGGGUUCCUUUGUUUGUUUUG